AUGCCUAGGUCAUUUCCCGCAUUUGGUACGAGGCACAAGAAGCAGUCCAAAGUGCCUAUGAUGAAACUACAACCACCUAGGCGCAAACCAAAAAAGAGAUUGAAGACCAUAUUGAAUGAACAUAUGGAUAUCGAACAAUUGAAGGUCCUGGUACACCAAACACUUGAGCCUCGCUGCUGGAGUCACAGGCCCGACCCGUAUCUUCUGAAUCUCCAGCUUCUUCCUGGAUGCACGAGGCUAGAGAAUGAAUGA